AUGUCCCACCUGCAGUCCACAUCGAAGGUCAAGGCCAACGCUCUCUGGAGCAAGAGCAAGGAGGAUCUGCUCAAGCAGCUGGGCGAGCUCAAGACCGACCUCGGUCAGCUCAGAAUCCAGAAGAUCACUUCGUCGGGUGCCAAGCUGAACAGAAUCCACGACAUCCGCAAGUCGAUCGCCCGCGUUCUCACCGUCAUCAACCUCAAGCAGCGCUCCCAGCUCCGCCUGUUCUACAAGAACAAGAAGUACUUGCCUCUGGAUCUCCGCGCCAAGCAGACUCGCGCCAUCCGAAGACGUCUGUCUCCCGCCGAGGCCAACGCCAAGCUUGACAAGACGAAGAAGCGCAACGUCCACUUCCCCCAGCGCAAGUACGCCGUCAAGGUACGAUAA